AAACGAGCGCUGCCCGCUUGCCUGCCGGAGGGGCGCCCGAAGGCUGCUCGGGCCAGCUGGGCGCUUCUGCCGGUGGCGGGGCCGCCGGGGCGAACACCCGAAGGAUGCCCAUCCUGCACUUGCACUCCAUGCUUGAGCUGCUGCCUUUCUUGCUGCUGCUGCUGCUAUUUUUGGUUGUGGGCUUUUUCCUGAUUUACCUCCAGCGACCCGAGCCAGACCCCAAAAAGCAUUAGGGGGCCAGGGGGCGUCUUCCCGCCUCAGGAUGCCGGCGCGCCCCUGCUGACAGCGGAGGCGUCAAAGGCGAGCAGCUCCUGCUAACUCAGCAGCUUCCCUGACCUAAUAGCUCUUGACGGAGGGAAAGGGAUGGAGGAGACCAGCAAAGAGGACUAUAAAAUAUAUUCAUUUGAUACAGAGAUCCAGCAGUUACUGAAAACCGCACUCAAAGAUCCCAGCAGCGUGGAUCUGGAGAAAGUGGCCAAUAUAAUUGUGGACCAGUCCUUAAAAGACUGUGUGUUCAGCAAAGAGGCCGGGCGUAUCUGUUACGCCAUUAUUCAGGUGGAAAGCAAACAAACAGGCCAGAGUAUCUUCCGGCGGGGCCUUCUCAACCGACUGCAGCAGGAAUAUAAGGACCGUGAUGAAUUGCGAGCCCAUUCCCUCCAAGCCUGGAUCUGCUAUGUCACCUUUAUCUGUAACAUCUUUGACUAUCUGAGGGUUAACAACAUGCCCAUGAUGGCCUUGGUGAAUCCUGUUUAUGACUGCCUCUUCCGACUGGCACAGCCUGAUAGUCUGCAGAAAGAGGAAGAGGUGGACUGCCUGGUGCUGCAGCUGCACCGCAUUGGUGAACAGCUCGAAAAGAUGAACAGUCAGAGGAUGGAUGAGCUCUUUUCCCUCCUGCGUGAUGGAUUCCUUCUGCAGGAGGGUCUCAGCUCCCUGUCCCAGUUGCUGCUGCUGGAGAUCAUCGAGUUCCGGGCCACUGAAUGGAAAAUGACAGCAGCAGCCCAGAAGUACUAUUACAGCGAGGUCACUGAUUAAACACUCGGGCCACCCGCAGAGCCUGCACUUGCACCAUGUUCACCAGCAAACAUCACGCCAAAGCUGCAGCUUGUUUCAAUGCUUUUUAUUCCCAGAGACCUUCUGGUAUAGAAUACAACCCCUGCUCCUUUGGGCCAGGGAGCUGCUGCCUGAAACUGAGGAGCUGGGAGAACAGUUGUAUUUGAAAGAGUAGCAGAUACUUGGCCACUGCUGCUCCUGUUGUAUUGCACUAAAUACUGACUUGUAUUAUGUACUGUUGCAGGCUAGGCUGGCAUUUUACACAGGGAGGGUCUCUCUCUUGCAUACAUUCAGGUUAGCAACCUAAAUUGCAGGAGUUUAAAACUAGCCUAGGAAUAAUUUUACAUACGCUUCAAAGAAAGAUCAACUCUUUCUGGCCUGUAUUGGUAAGGUUUUCUUUCGCUUAACACUUGGUAACUGGCCUCAGUUUGCCCUUUUUUGAAAAGGGAAAAUGAUUCUGUGAUCAAAGCACAAGCAUUGUUUGCUUCUUUGUAACCAAGCUUUCUCCAAUGGAACCAUCAGUCACUCUGAGAUCCAAGUGAUGUCUAGACAAGACUACUCUGAAAUCAAAAUCAAAAGAUGUUUCUUUUCUCCCCAACUACAGGAAACUAGUCUGACAAAGAGGGGAUAGUAUUGCAUAAUUAGGGAGAUUUUGAUGGACAGCCUUCAAUCAUAUCACUCUUAACCAGCAUAUAAAACAGCAUAGUCCAAGAAGGGCUGCAUUGAUGGUAAUCCUUACCUACUUAGAUGCAAGCUCCAUUACAAUAAAAAAGGCUUAACUUACCAGAAAAAAUAUUUAGGAUGGAAAUGGGGACAGUUUUUCUGUCCCUCCCUGCCUUUUUUUUCCCCAGGCAAAGCAGCCCUGGUCCAUUACACACGUCAUUUAGAUUCCUUAAAGGCUACACAGUUCUCCUGGAAUGAAGGGGCAAAUCUUACAACAAUGUAGUGGCUUUGUCAUACAGCAGGUUUCUCCAACACAAUGCCCUCCAGUUGUGGAUUUCAGCGCUAUGGAAGUUAAAAUCCAAAGCAUCUGGAGGGCAUCAGAUUGUGGAAGUCCAUCAGAGUGUAGCAUGCCCUAAGAAGCCGCUGCCCAGCAAUUCCUGUGAAUUCUUGAUGCUUCUCAAGGAUAUUUCCGGAUUCUAACUGACCCUUCAACAGCACUUUAAAAAAAAAAAAAAAAGAGGCUAUCAUUGGUACUUUGAUCUUUCUCCCACUACAGGAAAAUGCUAUGCAAAUAUUUUUCAUUUGCAGCCUUCAUCUUUCUUCCAGGCCAGCUCAGGUGUAGCUAUUAGCUAAGAUGGCAUCUUCUGCCUCCAGAAGAAGCAAAGCAACAGACUUUUCCAAAGCCACAGCAGAAUUAGCCCCUUUGGGAGUGGGUAACAAAUUAUUUUAUAACUUUUUUCCCCAACAACUACUUUAAACCAUAGUACUGUAAAUUUCUCUUAAGAGAAUUGGUUCUGUUUGGAACUUUUAUAAAAUAAAUAUUUUACACUUC